CACUAAUAUUGGCUGGAGGUUUCACAGAAACAUCAGAUAGUUAAGAUAGUUUUCGAGAAAUUAAAAGGUGACAAGAGUAGUCAGGCAGGUUGUAGCGGGUGGAAACUGCCAGAUGUACUCUGUGACUUAAUAGUGGCAGGUAAAUUGUAAACAAUGGCAGGAAGCUGAAAUGGAACCCUGAGGAAGAUGCUCAGCAUUUCACUGGAGGAGGGACAUCCCAGUAUCUGCAGAGACCAGGCCAAUAUGUGGAAUCAUGGGAACCAUACGUUUAGUGGCUGGCGUGUACUUGAUCGUCAUCACAAAGAAGAAGAAGAUAGGAGAGCUGUGGGGCCACUCUGUGUGGAAGGCCCUGGACUUCGACAUCAUCUCCUAUAAAAAGACAAUACUGCACCUAACUGAUAACCAGAUGCAAGACAACAAGACUUUCCUCUCAAUGCUCAACAAUGUUCUUCACACUGACGGCUUCUACUUCGCCACAGACUACGACUUGACUCACAGUUUGCAGCGCUUGGCCAACACCAGCCCUGAAUUUCAAGAGAUGAGUCUCCUGGAGCGGGCAGAUCAGCGUUUCGUCUGGAAUGGCCACCUGUUGAGGGAAUUCAUGACUCAGCCAGAGUUACACAAGUUUGUGUAUCCUGUGGUCCAUGGCUUCAUCAUCAUGAAGUCCAGCUGCAUCAAUGGAAAAGUCUUUGAAUGGAGCAUUAUCUCCAGGAGGAGCUGUUUCAGAGCUGGGGUCCGCUACUAUGUGCGAGGCAUUGAUUCUGAAGGUCACGCUGCCAACUAUGUGGAGACGGAGCAGAUUGUUCAGUACAACAAUGCCAAGGCUUCCCUCGUUCAGACAAGGGGCUCAAUUCCUCUAUACUGGUCUCAGAGGCCUAAUCUAAAGUACAAGCCAAAGCCACAGAUCAACAAAGCAGUCAACCACUUGGAUGGAUUCCAGAGACAUUUUGACUCCCAAAUAAUACUCUACGGAAAGCAAGUCAUCCUGAACCUGAUUAACCAGAAGGGAUCAGAGAAGCCCCUUGAGUUGGCGUUUGACAAGUUGGUGACCAGCCUGGCAAAUGGCACUAUUAAGUAUGUAGCCUUUGACUUCCACAAAGAGUGCAGUCGAAUGAGAUGGCACCGCCUGCGGAUCCUGUUGGACAUGGUUGCUGAUAUGCAGAAUGAGUUUGGGUAUUUCCUGGUGGACGUGGAUGGUAAUGUGUUGUCCAACCAGGAGGGUACGUUUAGAAGCAACUGCAUGGACUGUCUGGACCGCACCAAUGUCAUCCAGAGCCUGCUGGCCCGUCGCUCGCUGCAAUCACAGCUUCAGAAAAUGGGAGUCCUGCAUCCGAGUCAGCAGAUUGAAGAGCAAGCAGACUUUGAGAAGAUGUUUAAGAACGCUUGGGCUGACAAUGCGGAUGCUUGUGCUAAGCAGUAUGCUGGCACUGGAGCUUUGAAGACCGACUUCACCAGGACAGGGAAGAGGACUCAGUGGGGGCUGGUGAUGGAUGGCUGGAACUCUAUGAUCCGAUAUUACAAAAACAACUUUUCUGAUGGCUUCAGACAGGACUCAAUUGAUCUGUUCCUGGGCAACUAUGCAGUGGAUGAGGCUGAUCUGGUGACUCCGCUGCGAGACCCCAAAGACUGGAAAUUUUUAACCCUGCCCAUCAUCAUGGUGGUUGCCUUCUCCAUGUGCAUCAUCUGCCUGCUGAUGGCUGGUGAGACAUGGACAGAGACGCUAGCUUACGUCCUGUUCUGGGGAACAGCAAGCGUGGUCACCGGAGGCCUCAUCCUCUUCAACGGCCGGGACUUUGUCGACGCACCCAAGUUGGUCCAGAAAGAGAAGCUGGACUGAAUGUGUGUGUGUGGAAAGCAGCUUAGCCCUGGCGAGCUCACCACCUCAUCCUCUACCUCUUCAUCACUCUACCCUCAGCAUCAGACUCGGCGGGCCUGUAGCCUUUACUAAGGGAGUGGGUGCUGUGGAGAAGGGUGGGGGGCAGCAGGGCUCGGUCGUGCACAAGGAUGCAAAAGAAAGACUGGGAGUGUACUGACCUGCUGCUGUCCACACGACCACCACACAGACUGAUCUUUUCGAUGAACCUCACUGGUAUGUUCAGACUGAAUGUGACAGACACAGCUGUUGGAGUUGGUGUUCGAUGCUAUGACAACAUUGUGUGCUCGGAUCAAAUUGUAAAUGAAUUUCUGUAUAUUCAAAAAUGCCUUUAUCACUGGUUACUCUAGAACUCAUGUCAGUCUUCAAAGCUAGUGAGGCAUUCUGUUAUAGGACCUCAACACUUUCAAAAAGUAAGUGCUUUCCAUUUGGUGUGAUGGAAGGACCACACACGUACUUUGAUGCAGCUCCACUGAUCUGAUUCGGUCUGCAAGUGCUGCAGGCUUAGACAAAUGUGUAGUUGAUCCACUCCUCUCCAUCAUUUCAGUGAAAUAUACUAACUAUAGAAGCCACCUCGGAAACUGAUGAUUCAUAAAUAACAGCUGAAAAGUCUGGAAUCCUCAUUCGGGACCAUUCAAACUGUAACAUCUUUAGGUAGAAUUAAAAUGACAACACACUUACAAUAGACUUGUGGAAGCAGCGCCUGCUUCAAACCAAACUAUUGUCUUAAAGAUGCAUUUUUUUUAAAUUCAUGUAUGAUUAAACACAAGUUGCAUAUGUUGGUGAAACUUUUGGUUUUUUUGUUGUUGACAGAAAUGGGUCUAUUGAGUAAAUUAAUUAAAUAUUAUCUU